CCCUCCCCACCCCAGCCAAAAAGCCGGGCCGGGAGGGAGAGGCCGAGCAGACGCCGAGCCCAGGUGCCCCGGGAUCCCGCGCAGCCCCGAGCCCAGCCCGAGCCAUGGAGAGAGGCAGCCUGAUCCAGAAGGCCAAGCUGGCGGAGCAGGCCGAGCGCUACGAGGACAUGGCCGACUUCAUGAAGGGGGCCGUGGAGAAGGGCGACGAGCUGUCCUGCGAGGAGCGCAAUCUGCUCUCGGUGGCCUACAAGAACGUGGUGGGCGGCCAGCGGGCGGCCUGGAGGGUGCUGUCCAGCAUCGAGCAGAAGGGGGCCGAGGAGGAGGGCGCCGAGGAGAAGGAGCGCGGCCCCGAGGUGCGCGAGUACCGGGAGAAGGUGGAGGGCGAGCUGCGCGGCGUCUGCGGCACCGUGCUGGGCCUGCUCGACUCGCACCUCAUCAAGAACGCGGGCGACGUCGAGAGCCAGGUCUUCUACCUGAAGAUGAAGGGCGACUAUUUCCGCUACCUGGCCGAGGUGGCCGUGGGCGACGACAAGAAGCGCACCAUCGACUCGGCCCGCGCCGCCUACCAGGAGGCCAUGGACAUCAGCAAGAAGGACAUGCUGCCCACCAACCCCAUCCGCCUGGGCCUGGCGCUCAACUUCUCCGUCUUCCACUACGAGAUCGCCAACAGCCCCGAGGAGGCCAUCUCCCUGGCCAAGACCACCUUCGACGAGGCCAUGGCCGAGCUGCACACGCUGAGCGAGGACUCCUACAAGGACAGCACCCUCAUCAUGCAGCUGUUGCGAGACAACCUGACCCUCUGGACGGCGGACAGCGCCGGGGAGGAGGGCGGCGACGUGCCGCCCCCCGAGGAGCAGCCCCAGAGCUGAGCCCCGCUCCCCGGAGCCCCGCCGGCCCCUUCCGUUCCCCGUCCCCCGCCCCGGCCUGGCCCCCCUCGGGGGAGAGGACUUGUGUGUGGGGCGGGCCCCCGGAUCCCUCUGCCCUUCUCCUCGGCCCCUCCAUCCCCGCCCCCCCCCUCACCGUGCGCCCCAGCUCGGGAGCGACUCAGACGCGAGAGCGAGGCCGGCUGGGCCGAGAGCUCCGGGAGCUUCUCCUUCCAGCCCCGGGCUGUUAGGGCCGGCGGUGGCGGGAGCCCCCACGAUGGUCCCAAGAUCCCUGGCUCUGAGCUGCGCCCCGCCCCCCCAGCGCUCUCCCUCUCCCUCUCCUGUCCCAGCUUCCUGUGGCUCUUAGGAUUGGGAAGUCCCGGCCCUGAGGGGCUGGAGAGGGGCUGGACUGGGGAGCCCAGAGGCUUGUGUGAGUGUUGGAGAAAGGAGUGUGUGAGUGGGUCUGGGUGACAGCGUGUGCUGGCGCGCUGGUGAGUGAGCGUGUCUGCGACUGUCAGAGAGCGUGUCUGAGUGUGUGACAAAGUUCCCUCUCAAUAAAGAAAGCUUCCCGGACA